AUGGGCUUCGAAACCACCGCCCCAACACCACAGCCUACCACCGUAUGCGUAACCGGAGCCGGCGGCUUCAUCGGCUCAUGGCUCAUCAUGAGGCUCCUCGAACGUGGGUAUAUUGUUCGUGCAACAGUUCGCGAUCCUGGGAACAUGGAGAAAGUAAAACACCUAAUAGAAUUGCCGAAUGCAAAUGCAAACUUGACUUUGUGGAAGGCAGACAUGAACAUACAAGGAAGCUAUGAUGAAGCAGUCCAUGGUUGUGAAGGGGUGUUUCACAUGGCUACACCUAUGGAUUUUGAAUCUCAUGACCCUGAGAAUGAGGUUAUAAAGCCAACAGUAGAUGGUAUGUUGAGCAUAAUAAGAUCAUGCGCCAAAGCCAAAACAGUGAAGAAAUUGAUCUUCACAAACUCAGCUGGGACAUUGAAUGUCGAAGAACAACAAAAACCAGUCUACGAUGAAACCAACUGGAGUGACCUGGAUUUCAUUUACUCCAAGAAAAUGACUGGAUGGAUGUAUUUUGUGUCCAAGAUUUUGGCUGAGAAAGAAGCAAUGCAAGCAGCUAAAGAGAGCAACAUUAACUUCAUAAGCAUUAUACCACCUUUGGUAGUUGGUCCAUUUAUCAUGCCCACCUUACCACCUAGCCUAAUCACUGCACUUUCCCCUAUCACUGCUCACUACUCUAUCAUAAAGCAAGGGCAGUUUGUGCAUGUCGAUGAUUUGUGUGAGGCCCACAUUGUUUUGUUUGAGCAUCCAACCGCACAAGGAAGAUACAUUUGCUCUUCCGAUGAUGCAACCAUAUAUGACCUAGCCAACAUGAUCAGAGAAGAAUGGCCCGAAUAUCACAUCCCAACCGAGUUUGAAGGCAUAGACAAGGACAUACCAGUGGUGCAUUUUUCUUCGGAGAAACUGAAGGCCACGGGAUUCUCCUUCAAGUACACAUUAGAGGACAUGUACAGAGGUGCAAUCGAGACUUGUAGAGCAAAAGGUUUGCUCCCACAUUCAACUCAAAUUCACACCUAUAGCGAUGAUAAGACCAAACCCAAUGGUCAAGGGAGAAAGCUAAUUCCAACUUUGCAAGAAAACCAUUCUAAAAUCAUAACUAAUGGAGACGAGGAGAAUAAUCUGCUUCCAAAUUCAAAGGGAAAGCAGGGCGAGGUGGGCAGUACUUGUCUUGUCCUUGUUUUCCUGUGGGAUAUCCAUCCUCGUCAAGUUUACCGUCACCAAAAGUCUACAGCAUUAUUGGUUGGAGCUCAGAUCAAGCUUCUUGAAAAAGGUGUCCCGGUUGCAGUACAUACUGCUGAUGGAGGUGUCCAAAAUGCUGAACUUGUUGAUGUUGAAGUUGUCCAAUCUGGUGUCUGA